AUGGGCGACAUGUUGGAUUAUGAUGAUUCAAAAUUUGAUGAUACAAAGGUUGCUGCCUUAUUCUCAAGUCGUCGCCAGUCACGACGAUCGCUACCAUCUGCCUCAUCGGACGAUACCCGGUACAAUAUCAAAACGUUGUUUAAAAAUUUCUGUAAUAGGACGAGUUCUCACGGAGUUCCAUUUUUGGAGUCCCCUUCAUUUUUCGGAAGGCGGGUUUGGAUGGUGGUAUGCUUUUGCGCUGCUACGCUUUUCCUCUUCCAGUCAUAUUGGACCCUUUCCGAAUAUUUUCAGUAUAGGACCAUAACUGAAAUUCAAAUUCGCUUCGAAGCAGCCCCAUUUCCGGCAGCUACAGUAUGCAAUCUGAACGCUUUUAAGUAUAGUGAACUUAUACAAUACGAAGAGAUAAAGGAAGGGUUCGAUUAUUGGGAAAGAAUGAUUAAUGCAGGGGAGACGAAUGCGAUGUCGAAAGAGGAUCAAGGUUUAAUGAAUAAAGUGGAUUUGAGGCAAAAUGCUCUCAUUGUUCGGCUAUAUCCAACACCUGUUCCGAUCCCGAUCAUCACAAUGGGACCAGCCAUCAGAAACCGGGACCAACGCAACCUUGCCUCUGUCAAAGACGAGAUCAAAUGGUGGAAUCCAAAAAAUUAUACGAUUUUCCCGGCCACAAACCCUCCAACGACUGUUGUUACCGAAACUGAGCAGGCUUUUGGACUGUCGGAACUGAAAGACAAAGGUGCAAUCACAACUCAAACGAAAGAAAAUCUGAUUUUCCUGGUGGCUGCUUUGCCUCGAGACAUUCGACGGAAUCUUUCCUACACUUUUAAUGAAUUCGUUCUUCGAUGUUCUUUCAACAGUAAAGAUUGCAAUAUGGAACGAGACUUCAAACUACAUAUGGAUCCCGAAUAUGGAAACUGUUACACCUUCAACUUUAACGACUCGGUAGAGUUGAAGAGCAGUAGGGCUGGUCCAAUGUACGGUUUGCGUCUUCUACUAGACGUUCACCAGGACGAUUACAUGCCAACUACUGAAGCGGCAGGUGUUCGUAUAGUUGUACACGAGCAGGAUGAAGAACCAUUCCCGGAUACGUUUGGUUACAGCGCUCCUACCGGAUUUGUUUCAUCAUUUGGACUCACAACGAGAUAA